AUGGCGCCAGUGCUGCCACUGGUGCUGACCCUCCAGCUCCGCAUCCGUCUAGCAUAGGGACUCUGGUUCCUCUGCUGGCUGCUGGCGACUGGUGGCCUCACCAUUCUCUGUAGCGGGCACCUCCUGGUCCAGCUGUGGCCCCUUGGACCUUCCUGUCCAUUCCCUGUCUUGCCCCAGGUUGUCCUAGCAGCAUGGGCAGUGGCUCUGGGCACAGGAUUCGUGGGUGCAGAAGCCAGGCGGGCAAGUCUAGAUGCAGGUCGAUACCCACCUUGAAGAGGGGUCCUGGGCCCACUCCGUGGCACUGCUGGGCGUGGGGGCCUCCUGGUCAUAGCUCUGGGGCUAGCCCUGGGUUUACCUGGGAGUCUGGGCACAGGGCUGGAGGAAGGCCUAGGGUCUGCCUUGGCUCACUACAGGCAUACAGAGUUACCCAGGCAAUGUCAUGCCAAGCGGCUGAUGGAUGAGCUGCAGCUGAGAUACAACUGCUGUGGGCACCAUGGCUACAAGGAUUGGUUUGGGGUCCAGUGGGUCAGUAGCCGCUACCUGGACCCCAAUGACCAGAACAUGGUCAACCGGAUCCAGGAAGGUUUAUACCUCACUGACAGGGUCCCCUUCUCCUGCUGCAACCCUCACUCACCACGACCUUGCCUGCAAAGUCGGCUCUCAGACCCCCACGCCCACCGCAUCUGUGAACCCCAGUAGCCCACUUUAAACCUCUGGGUCCAAGGGUGCCACAGGGUACUGUUGAUAUUACAGCGGCUGAUGAGCACCCUGUGCAACAUGCUGGCUGGCACCUUCCUGCUACAGACUCUGGUGCUGCUGGGCCUUCGGUACUUGCAGACAGCGCUGGAGCAGCUCGGGGGGCUUAUCAAUGGGGAAGGAGAGUCCUAAGGGUAUGUCUUUCCUGGCCAGCUGAAAGACAUGCUGAAAAAGUCCUGGCUACAGGGAGGCGCUGCCCACAGGCCAGCCCCUGAGGAAGUUCCCCUCCUGACAAGGGUCUAG